UUGCUGCAUCUGUCCCGAGACGUAUUCAACCACGUUUACUCCUCCUCUUGCUUUCUUCACCGCCAUUCACAGCCCCUAAACACAAUCCUAACAUUUCGUUUUUCACUUUUUUGCACUCAAAGCAUAGCAAAACAAAUCAAAGCUGAAAGAAGAAGAAGACGAAGAAGAAGGCAUGGGAGGUGGAAGCAGAAAUGGUGGUGGCGGUGGAAGAAGAAGAUCCAACAACAACAAUAGCGGCAGCAACACCAAGCACAAAAGCCAUAAAAGAGGUUCAGCUGUUAAAGCUUCACUCUUUAUCGAAGGGGGUUUCUUGUCCGAUUGGAGUUCCCCACCUUCUUCUGCCCGCAAUUCAGGUAGAAAUGGUGGCUCCAACACCAAAUCUGGGAGCCGAAAUAGAACAGAAGCUUCCUCUGCUUCCAAAACUGGAUAUGCAAACUAUGCGGGAGCUGCUAUUGGCUACAAUUAUCCUUCAUCUGAUGUUCAGGAGGUAUCAUAUGAUGAGAAUGGCACUGAAGAUAGUAAUUUACAUCAGCUGCAAUCAUUUACCUUUGUGGAUGCCAAUCAGAAUCAAGUUAUUGCUCAUCUAGACCAAACACCUCCUUCAAAACCCCAGAAUGUGGAAUAUGCUUAUAGCUAUGGUGCAGAUUUUGUUUUGGGUGACACCUCUCAUAGAGGGUUAGGGUUCCCUGCUCAGAAUUCCAAAACUCCAACUGAUGUUGGCACAUCCUCCAAACAAAUGCCAGCUUCAGUUUUAAAUUCGUCAUCCUUUGGUUCUGACGAUGUUAUUUACCAUGAGCUAAAUACUCAGAUGACAGAAAACUCUCCAUCAAAAGCUUCUGCUGAGAGAAAUUCUGGAUUUCUGUCAAUUGGAGGCCUUAAGUUAUACACUGAGGACAUCUCUGACAAUGGAAGUGAUGAAGAUAAUGAUGAAGAGUUAUCAGACCAGGACAGCUCUGAAUCUUCUGGGAUGGAAGAAUUAGUUGAAUCCUCUGAAAGCAGUGAUUCUGAGGACUCUUCUAAUAAUAAUUCAGACAUUGAUGAAGUGGUUGCAGAAGAUUAUUUGGAAGGAGUUGGCGGCAGCGACAACAUCCUGGAUGCCAAAUGGUUGCUUAAACCUGUUUUGAAUGAAUCUGAGGACGAUAGUUCUUCUAGCAGUUGCUAUGAUGAGGCUUUGCAGAAGAUGGGUGGAAUUGCCCUUCAAGAAGCUUCUAUGGAGUAUGGAAUGCAGGUCAAACCAUGGAAGAAAAGAUCUGCACAUCAUGGGCCUGUAGAUUUGGACAACUUAAUGCUGAUAAAGGAUCCAAGAACAGCUUCUGGUAGAAAGAAACAUGCUUCUCGGCUACCCCACUCUUGGCCUUCACAGGCCCAAAAGAGUAAAGCUUCCAAGAGAAUCCAUGGUGAGAAAAAGAAACUUCGCAAAGAAAGGAUUGCUGCCAAACGUAGGAGCAGAAUGUUGCUCCGUGGGGUUGACCUUGAGAAAAUUAAUUCGAAAUUAGAACAGAUUGUGUUGGAGGAAGUGGAUAUGUUCUCUUUUCAACCUAUGCAUUCUCGGGAUUGUGCACAGGUGCAACGGUUAGCAUCAAUCUAUCAGCUGCGGAGUAGCAGCCAGGGUUCUGGGAAAAAAAGAUUUGUGACGGUGAUGCGAACACAGUCGACAUCCAUGCCAUCUUCAACUGGAAGACAGCGCCUGGAAAAGCUGAUGGGAGUUGAUGACGAAGAUGCCGAUUUUGCUGUCACUGACUAUACAAAUAACAAGUCUGCAAGUGGAGAUAUAAGACUAGGAAAGAAAAAUGCUAAAAGGAAUGAUAUCAGAUCGCAAGGAUUUCAAUCUGCUCAGAACAACUCAUCCAAGUCCUCUGCCAACCGAGUUUGUGUCAAGUGGUGCAAUCCAUUCAGAAGCGAUGCAGGUUACAGCUGUUAGCUCUGAAGAGACUGAUGGUACUUCCAAGAAGGGCGUCAUCACCAGCUCUGUUAACGUAGGUUCUUUCGAGGCUCACACUACCGGUUUUGGUUCCAAAAUGAUGGCGAAAAUGGGAUAUACCGAGGGUGGCGGAUUGGGUAAAAAUGGUCAAGGUAUGGCACAACCCAUAGAGGUUAUCCAAAGGCCUAAAUCACUCGGUUUGGGUGUGGAGUUCUCCAGCAACCCCGCCGAGGUGGCAGCCGCUGCUGAGCCAUCUAGGAGCAAGUCUUCAAGAAUCGGCACCAAGCCAUCAAGGAACAAGUCUUCAAGCAUUGGUGUCUUUGAGAAGCAUACCAAAGGCUUUGGGUCAAAAAUGAUGGCAAAGAUGGGCUUCAUUGAAGGCAUGGGAUUAGGUAGAGAAUCACAAGGUAUUACUGCCCCACUGGGUGCUGUUAGGCUACCAAAGUCCCGAGGGCUAGGUGCCACCAAAACUUAAUUUUUAUUUUUUAUUGUCAUUUGUUUUCUAUGUUCCUAUCUAAAUUGUAUAUUAGCCUUAAACUUAUGAUUUAAAAGCUUUACUAUUUUCUGGACCGGAAUGGAAUAACGAUUAUAAAUUAGAACCUGGUUAUACAUUGAUGGAUUAGUUUCUUCAUUCA